AUGUCCUUCCCCCAGCUCGGAUACCAGUACAUCCGCCCGCUCUACCCACCCGAGCGCCCGGGGGCCGCCGCCGGCGGUGGCAGCGCUGGGGCACGGGGCGGCCCGGGAGCCGGAGCCUCAGAGCUGGCUGCCUCGGGGUCCCUGUCCAACGUACUCUCGUCCGUGUACGGGGCGCCCUACGCCGCGGCGGCAGCGGCAGCCGCAGCCGCCCAAGGCUACGGCGCCUUCCUGCCCUACGCGGCCGAGCUGCCCAUCUUCCCGCAGCUGGGCACGCAGUAUGAGCUGAAGGACAGCCCGGGGGUGCAGCAUCCGGCCGCGGCCACCGCGUUUCCUCACCCGCACCCCGCCUUCUACCCAUACGGCCAGUACCAGUUCGGGGACCCGUCCCGUCCCAAGAACGCCACCCGGGAGAGCACUAGCACGCUGAAGGCCUGGCUGAACGAGCACCGCAAGAACCCCUACCCCACCAAGGGCGAGAAGAUCAUGCUGGCCAUCAUCACCAAGAUGACCCUCACCCAGGUGUCCACCUGGUUCGCCAACGCGCGCCGGCGCCUCAAGAAAGAGAACAAGAUGACUUGGGCGCCCCGCAGCCGCACGGACGAGGAGGGCAACGCUUACGGGAGCGAGCGAGAGGAGGAAGACGAGGAGGAGGAUGAAGAAGACAGCAAACGCGAACUGGAGCUGGAGGAGGAGGAACUCGGGGGGGAGGAGGAGGACACCGGGGGCGAGGGCCUGGCUGACGACGAGGAGGACGAGGAGAUCGAUUUGGAGAACUUAGACGGCGCGGCCGCGGGGCCUGAGCUGGCCCUGCCUGGCGCGGCGCACAGGGACGGCGACCUCGGCCUGGAACCCACCUCAGACUCCAAGAAUAGCGACUCCGACGACAGUUCCGAGGGCUUGGAGGAGCGUCCACUGCCUGUCCUGAGUCUGGCCCCAGUGCCACCGCCGGUGGCCGCGACUCCGCCAUCACCGCCCUCGCCCUCAGCAGGCCUGGACCCCUGCGCUCCCGCACCAGCGCCCGCCUCGGCCCUGCAAAAACCCAAGAUCUGGUCCCUGGCCGAGACCGCCACAAGCCCGGACAACCCGCGCCGCUCGCCUCCGGGCGCGGGGGGUUCUCCCCCCGGCGCAGCCGUCGCGCCCCCAGCCCUGCAGCUCUCUCCGGCCGCCGCCGCCGCGGCUCAGAGACUCGUCUCGGCGCCGCUGGGCAAGUUCUCCGCUUGGACCAACCGGCCGUUCCCAGGCCCGCCGCCCGGCCCACGCCCGCACCCGCACCCGCUCUCCCUGCUGGGCUCGGCCCCUCCACACCUGCUGGGACUUCCCGGAGCCGCGGGCCACCCGGCCGCCGCCGCCGCCUUCGCUCGGCCGGCGGAGCCCGAGGGCGGAACAGAUCGUUGUAGUGCCUUGGAAGUGGAGAAAAAGUUACUCAAGACAGCUUUCCAGCCCGUGCCCAGGCGGCCCCAGAACCACCUGGACGCCGCUCUGGUCUUAUCGGCUCUCUCCUCAUCCUAGUUCUUUUUUAAAAAAAAAUUUUUUUAAAUCGUUGUAAUAAUUGUAAAAACCAAAUCGCUCUGUAUAGUUAUGACUUGUAAGCAUGUCCGUGUAUGAAUACCUAAAAAGAAAACGAAACAAAAAAAGAAAAAGAAAUAAAACAAAUCUCCCCCCGGUCCUCCCCCGGUGGUUUCUGUACCCCCACAUUAGCUGAGUUCGUGAGGUUUGUUUGUUCGGUUGAUUGGGGGGGUGGAGUUUCAGUGAGAAUAAGCGUGUUUGACUUUUGUAUAUACAGA